CCUUUAUUUGGCCACACGCCUCCACUACGCAUAUCUGGACAUUUCCUGCCUGCCCAUGUGACUGCACUCAGCUUCCUUGAUACUGACUGGACGAAGGCGCAUCCGAACACGUUCAGCUCCUUUGCGAGCUACCGGUCCAUCACCUCUAUAUCCUUCGUCUGCUGUUCCUUCCGCAGCAUGAAGGAUCUAUACAGGAUCAUCAGUCGUUUGCCAAACCUCCACACCGCUGGCAUGUGUAAAAUUAAUGCAUUGUGUCUUCAUCCCCUACCGACACAGCAUCAGCCUGGGGCAUCCGCUGCUGCUCAGCGCGAACUGUCGCUGCGGAAAAUCACACUGUCGCUCAUUCGCACGCAAUACUUGGACCCUUUACGCGGAGUACUCUCAGGCUCAGGAUCCUCGAUCGAUACUGUGUCGUUCCAUUGCAUUGAGUUCCGGGCCUUCGAACAGUUUCGACAAUUUGUGAGGGUGUUUCCCAUGCUCAAGUGCCUGAAAGCCGAGGUGGAUUGGCCAUACUCCUCGACGCGAAUGGAGUUACCCCCCAUCAAUUCCUUCACGCCCAUGGCAAGCUUCAUCGUUCCUACGGUGUUGCGCGAACUCGAUCUACGACUUCUCUCCGAGCACGUACUGAUAGAUAUCCUCGAAUGGCUCGUAUCUAUACCAGGGCACGUUCCGCUCGAGUGCGUUCGCGUAGAUGGGCCCAAUCUGCUCCCUCUCGCGGAUCUUCUUGAGCGUUUUGGGCCGACGAUCCGGGAACUAAGCCUCACCACGAGCUCGGAUGAGGGAAGAGAUCUACCUACCCUUGCACACUGCACCAAUCUCGAGAAAUUGACCCUCCGCAUGAGUUCUACAAAUGGCAGCACGCCGGAAGCGCUUGUAGACAUCUUGAUGGCGUUGGUUGGUGUGCUUGCGAGCAUCACCAGCACGCGCCUCCAAUUCAUCGACUUCGAGUUUCUCCCGGCGAUCUUACCCCGACUUUCUGGGAUCGACUAUACCGGAAAAAACCGCGCCCUCACGCCAGUCUUCGUGAAACUGGCCGGCCUCGCUGAUGAAAUCCUCGCGCGCGACAUAUACGAGAGCCUCCCGCAGUUCGACGCUGAAGCACCCCGCGGCGCACGCAUCGCCAUCAGGCACCAGCAUGCGGAGGAGCAUAACCUUGCCUUCAGGCGCCUGGCAUGUCUCCUGGCCAGGGUGUUCGAGCCGUGGAUCGAACGCGAUGUGUUGUCCAUGACGCUCCAGCGUAAAUAUUUCCAAGGAUAUGCUGAGGAAGAAGAAACUUUGUAUUUGAGCUGAUCAAUUAAGAAUCGGGUGGCGAGAUGGCAAUAGACAUGGGCAAAUGAAGGGCAUCGAGGAGCACGAAAGGUGAAUGACAAGUCACAAAAGCGCGCUGUUACAUGAUGUCCCACCCGUGGUAGAAUAAGCGGUGUAUUCGAGUGGUCUCGACCGAAAUCAGUGUCCACCAGCGUGACAGACUCGAACACGGGCGUCGUUGAUACAUUUUGCGAGACGGCAGGAUACAUCAACGAUGGGGAACACCUGCAAGCGGUCGGACAGGGCGAUCAGCCAGCCUGGCUUCAAGAGCAUCGAAAGAAUGCAAUAAUGAGACCUAAGGUACACAAAUCAAGA